CGGCCGUUACUUUCUACCUAGACCCGAAGUUCUUUCGCUCCAAACUCCGGUCCGGUAGCUCGUCGACUCCCGAGUCCACCGUCCAGAUCCUACUCCCUCCGCGCGCGCCGGUCGGAAGAAACAAUGGGAGACGAAGCGGGGAAGCCGAAUGCCAUCCUAUCCUCCUCCUCUACCUCCGAUCAAACCCUAAGAGCGCUCAAACCCCUCCGCUGCAUCGUUAAACUCGGUGGUGCUGCGAUCACCUGCAAGGACGAGUUGGAGAGCAUAAAUGAGGAGAAUCUUCGAUCGGUUUGUGCGCAGCUGAGGCAAGCCAUGACGCCUUGCAAGAGUUCCUCUCCAGCAAAAAAUUUGGGGAUGGAUUGGAGCAGACGGCUCGGAAAUCCGCCUGUUUCGACCAUCGAUGAAUUCAGAAACAAACAGGCAUUGGAUCUGGAUAACAAUUUCAUUAUAGUCCAUGGAGCAGGUUCUUUUGGACAUUUUCAAGCAAGCAGAUCUGGGGUCCAUAAGGGAGGACUGAAUUUGCCUCUUGUUAAGGCUGGUUUUGUGGCUACACGCAUUUCUGUGACAUCACUCAACCUUGAAAUUGUGAGAGGUCUUGCUAGAGAAGGGAUACCAUCAGUUGGAAUCUCACCGUUUGCCUGUGGAUGGUCUACUUGUCAAAAAAAUAUUGCUUCAGCUGAUGCUUCUCAGAUCAUAAAGGCUCUCAAAGCUGGUUUUGUCCCGAUUUUGCAUGGAGAUGCAGUGCUGGAUCACUUGCAGGACUGCACCAUAUUGAGUGGAGACGUGAUUAUACGCCAUCUUGCACAGCUGUUGAUGCCCGAAUAUGUUGUAUUUCUUACAGAUGUUCUAGGAGUAUAUGAUCGCCCACCAACAGAUCCAAAUGCCAUGCUUCUCAGAGAGAUUGAGGUUGCUGAAGAUGGAAGCUGGUCCAUCGUGAAGCCUAAUCUACCACAUGCCAAAGGGGCAGAUUGGUGCAUUCUGCAUGCAGUUGAGAUCACAAUUGCAGCUCAUGAUACAACUGGGGGGAUGGAGACCAAAAUAUCUGAAGCCGCAAUGAUAGCAAAACUCGGGAUUACCGUCUACAUAACAAAGGCUGGUACAGAUCACUCGCUGAGAACCCUCAAGGGGGAAAUUCACAGCAGUCCUGAUGAUUGGCUUGGCACUGUUAUCCGCUCUAGGCGGAUUUCUUCAUCUAAGUGAUCAAGAAUUUGCGAAAACAAAAGUUCUGAAAUUAUUAUCAGCUGGUCAUUAUUGUACUUUUUGAAUCUUACAUACUAGAUAUCGCAUACAUGAACUGUAACAUUAUGCCUGGCCGGUUUCGGUGAAUAUGAACUGUUCAGUUCGCUGAAUUACAUGCUCAGAAAAUGGAAUGUGUAUUUUCAAGGAUUUCGCACAACACUGAUGCAAUUUUGACUUUCUUGAGAAAGCCUUUUAUCCUU